UGGGUGAUACAAAAGCAUGUCCUCAGUCUUUAAAUACUUUCUGAUGAGUGGAACCGUGUGCCUUUCUUUAGUCUCCAAUAACUUUACAAGUUCUUAUUCUGAGAGGUUGUAGUAACUAGCAUAUUCAAGUCCAUCUUCAGAGUGAAGAGAAACCUCGAGUCUCACAGAGCAUCCAAGAAUGGCGAGAACAACAUUCAACAAUGGUGGUAUGGAGGAAAAAAAGGGCCCUACGUUCUUCAAGAUCAUAAAAAGCGGUUUCAACACUGAGGAUUUGAGAAUCCCACCCAAAUUCCGGAGACACCUGUUGAAUGAACUCUCCGACAGGGCAACUUUGAAUUUAAUGGAUUCUUCAAAUAGUUCAUGGACUGUUGAUGUGAGCCAAACAGAAGGGGAGAUAUAUUUCAAGAAUGGAUGGCAGAAGUUUGUAAGAGAUAACUCCUUAGGUAACUUUGAAUUCUUAGUAUUUAGGUAUGAGAGCGAUAUGCAAUUUAGCAUUGAGAUCUUUGACAGAAAUGCGAGUAAGAGGAUCACGUUUCCAGAUGUCAGAACACACAGACGAGCUGCAGGUAUACACACUCAAAGUUGUCAAUCCAACAAACUCAAAGAGGUUAAAGAAGAGGAGGAAGAUUACCAAGAUAACAAAGAAGAAGAAGCUGCCACAUUGCACAAAACUUUUACAAGCAUUGUUGGACAAAACUUUUAUAAUUUGGCAGUUCCUACAGACUUUUCUGUGAAGUACUUUCCUCUGGGAUACUACACCAUUGUCCUGAAAAAUUCAGAGGCAAGAGAAUGGGAAGUAAGCGUUGUGCCUAAUGGGAAGGAUGCUUCCUGUAAUACGGUUAAACUUUCUGCAGGAUGGGCUGCUUUUAGACGUGACAACCAAAUCAACUCCGGAGAUACUUGCACAUUUGAGCUUGUGGAAAGCAAAACAAUGUUGGUUCACAUUGAUCCUAAGUGAUCAGUGUGUCAAUUCACUGUUUUCUUGCUGAUUAGACAAACCUAGUAUGUAGUUAGUGGCUUGAAAACUACUUCUCAUACUGUAUUCAACUGGUUGGCAA